UGAUAAAAUCUCCUCGGCGUUACAAAGUAUACGGAGAGUGCAGUCGUCUCGUUUUCAGAUACUUAAAGUAAUUAAAAGUAUUCAGAUUACUGAAUCUCAAUCAUCGGAAACCCCCACAAUAUAUAGAAUUUCCCUCAUAAUGUACCCUUUCGGUUCCGGAAUGCCAUCGCACCCCCCUUCCUCCACUAACGAACCACCACGAGCGCCCUUUGGAGCUGGUUGGGUGCCACCGAUGCAGCAGAACUCGCCAUACCCACCGCCCCCCCAGCCACACCCCCACUCCCAUCCAUCGUCCCAAAUAGACCACCACCAGCAGCAGUAUCCUGCUCCCUAUCCACCCAUGUCAGCACCCUACCAGGCCGCCCCAUCGUACCCACCUUACCCCACCUCAAGUCCGUACCCGGCUCAAUUCGCCCCCCAAACUCAUCAUUAUCAGCCGCAACCAGCUUCAAACAGCCCCUAUCCCACGGAUCGUGGAUCGUACACCCCAGCCAUGACAGCCGGAUACGAUGCAGCCUACGGCUACGGACAAGGACACGGACAGGGACACGGACAAGGACUUGGACAUGGACAUGGACAUGGACAUGGACAUGGACAUGGAGAGGGCUAUGGGCAUGGACAGGGACAUGGGAAUGGUCAGGGGCACGCGCAUCGGUCACUCCCAGCUCACAGAGAGGGAACUCCCACUGUGGUGCCCGCGCAGGGCUUCGAUCCCGUUAAGGAUGCGCAUGACUUGCGCAAGGCCAUGAAGGGUUUCGGCACGGACGAAAACGCCCUGAUCAACAUCAUUUGCCAUCGGAGCAAUGAGCAGCGCCAGGAGAUCCAGCGCCAGUACAAGACGCACUUCGGCAAGGACCUCAUCGAGGACAUCAAGUCGGAGACGAGCGGCAACUUCCAGAAGCUGCUGGUCGGCCUGCUGCGUCCCAUUGUGGACUACUACUGCGCCGAGCUGAACGACGCCAUGGCCGGCAUUGGCACCGACGAGGAGGUUCUCAUCGAGAUCCUCUGCACCCUGUCCAACGGGGAGAUCUACACGAUCAAAAACCAGUACUUACGACUUUACGGCGCCCACCUGGAGUCCGAACUGAAGUCGGAGACCUCGGGCAACUUCAAGCGGCUGCUCACCUCCUUGUGCACGGCGGCACGGGACGAGAGUGGACGCGUGGACCCCAACGCGGCCAAGAACGACGCCAGGGAGCUGCUGAAGGCUGGCGAGCUGCGCGUCGGCACCGACGAGAGUAUGUUCAACAUGAUACUCUGCCAGAGGAACUACCAGCAGUUAAAAAUGAUAUUCCAAGAGUAUGAGGGCAUGACUGGUCACUCGCUGGAGAAGGCCAUCAAAAAGGAGUUCUCUGGCGACGUUAUGGAGGGCCUGAUUGCCAUUUACAGGUGUGUCACCAACAAGGCCGAGUACUUCGCUUCGCGCUUGCACAAGUCCAUGGCUGGAAUCGGCACCAACGACACCCAGUUGAUCCGUGUCAUCAUCACGCGGUCCGAGAUCGAUAUGACGGACAUAAAGGUGGCAUUUGAGCGCCUGUACGGCAAGUCCUUGAAGAGCUGGAUCAAGGGCGACACUUCGGGCCACUACAAGCAUGCUCUUUACGCCCUCGUGGGUGAACAGCGAUCAUCCUAAGAAUCUUCAUCAAUCAAUGAUUGAAUCGAACUUGAAAUCAUCGCUUACAUACGUACAACAUACACGCCAAGGGAGCCAAGCAAUAAGGAUCCACUCUACGCUCUCGCCUACUCUUUGGUGGGUGAACAGCGCCCAUCUCAAGAAUCUUCAUUAUUAUUAUUCAAACCAAAUCGAACUUGAAAUCAAUUAUGCUAAUUAUACAUUCUAUGUAUUCGUAUUCGACAAUUUACAUACACACAACAUACACGCCAAGGGAGCCAAACAAUUAUGACCCACUUUGUAGACCUUAAGUGCUCACAAAUAUUACCUGAAUGGGACUCGCCAUCCCGUGUCCCUUUGACAAUUUGAUACCUCUUUUAACUAAAGCCUACGAAUAGCAAGUGUUGUAUUUGACUUAUUGAAAGACCUUUGUAUUCCAACGCGCUUGGAAAGACAAACAUUAUGAAGUUCCUCUCGAUGAACUCGCUUUUUGUUUUGAAAAAAGAGGAUAAUGCUAAUGUUUUAUUGAGUGGCCACAUAAGUGCUGCAAUAAAAACUACCCAGAACAAUUAGAAAAAGCUUUCUACCUACCGAUUUCGUCUCAAGAGUGCCUCAAUGUAACUUUAUUGUCUACUUCAAAGCAUUUACAACUCAAACAUACACAGAAAUAUAUGCAUAUUGAACCAAAUCGUUGUAUUCAAUUAUACACUAUACGUACUCGAGUUUGUGAGCAUGUUUUUUUACUUCUAGUUCGCUCUCAACUGAAUAAAUUAUUAUAUAUGUGUGCAAUA